GGCGGGCUGCCGGGAUGAUCCGGUUCCGGAGCUCCAGCAUCAGGUCGCUGAGCGCGGAGAUGAAAUGCACCGUGCGGCUGCUGGACGACUCGGAGAUCUCCUGCCACAUCCAGAGGGAAACCAAGGGUCAGUUUCUCAUCGAUCACAUCUGCAACUAUUACAGCUUGCUGGAAAAAGACUAUUUUGGCAUUCGAUAUGUUGACCCUGAGAAGCAGAGGCACUGGCUUGAGCCCAACAAGUCCAUCUUCAAGCAAAUGAAAUCUCAUCCACCAUAUACCAUGUGCUUUAGAGUGAAAUUCUAUCCACAUGAACCCUUGAAGAUUAAAGAAGAACUCACCAGAUACCUCUUAUAUCUACAAAUAAAAAGGGACAUUUUCCAUGGCCGUUUGCUGUGCUCCUUUUCUGAUGCUGCCUACUUGGGUGCCUGUAUAGUCCAAGCUGAGCUUGGUGAUUAUGAUCCUGAUGAACACCCAGAGAAUUACAUCAGCGACUUUAAGAUUUUUCCGAAGCAGUCACAAAAGCUUGAGAAGAAAAUCGCUGAAAUGCAUAAAAAUGAAUUCAGAGGUCAGAGUCCAGCUGUUGCUGAAUUUAACUUGCUUCUUAAAGCAAAUUCUUUGGAAACUUAUGGUGUUGAUCCUCAUCCUUGCAAGGACUCAUUCGGGACAACUACAUUUUUAGGAUUCACAGCUGCAGGAUUUGUAGUUUUCCAGGGUAAUAAAAGAAUUCAUUUAUUAAAAUGGUGUGAUGUCUAUAAGCUGAAAUUUGAAGGGAAGACAUUUUAUGUGUUUGGAGCUCAGAAAGAGAAGAAGGCUGUGCUGGCAUUCCAUACCUCUACACCAGCAGCCUGCAAGCAUCUUUGGAAGUGUGGGGUGGAGAACCAGGCUUUUUACAAGUAUGCAAAAUCCAGUCAGAUCAAGACAAUGUCCAGCAGCAAGAUAUUUUUUAAAGGCAGUAGAUUUCGAUAUAGUGGAAAAGUAGCCAAAGAAGUUGUGGAGGCAAGCUCUAAAAUCCAGAGGGAACCUCCUGAAGUUCACAGAACGAGCAUCACCCAGAGUCGCAGCUCUCCAUCCUUGAACAAGCAACUCAUAAUCAACAUGGAACCUCUGCAGCCUCUCCUUCCUUCUCCCAGUGAGGAGGAAGAGGUUCCUUCCGAUGAAGGUAUCCAGCUGCCAAAGGAAGAGGAGAUUUCAGUACCUGUGACUUCAAGCUCUCCAGUAAAGGAUACUGGGAAGGAUGUUGAUCUUGCCAUUGAACAGGAAGAGAAGAUGAAAGAGGAACCCUUAACCAUCUCAGAGCUGGUGUACAAUCCAAGUGCCAGCUUGCUGCCCACACCGGUUGAUGAUGAGAUUGAUAUGCUCUUUGAUACCUGCCCAAGAGCAGAGAAUGAGAAAGAUGAUACCGAUUCAUUUGAGGAACUUGAAGCAGAUGAAAAUGCAUUUUUAAUUGCAGAGGAGGAAGAACUGAAAGAAGCUCGGAGGGCCCUGAGGUGGAGCUAUGACUUUCUGAUGGGCAACAUAGAGGUGAAUGCUUUUGUGAAGAGUUUCUCCAGACUUUUUCUUGUAGGCCUUGGACUAUUGUUGUUUGUGUUCCCCCUUUUCCUUGUGCUCUUGGAGUCGGACCUUCAAAUCUCUUUCCUUCACGAAAUCCGCCAGACGCCGGAGUUUCAGCAGUUUCAUAUUGAAUAUUACUGCCCCCUUAGGCAGUGGAUGGCUUGCAAAAUAAACUUCAUUCGUGACAUUCUGGGCAGCUUUUAAAUUUUACAUUAAUAUAGUACAACUAAGGGCUAUAUUCAAAAUUUCAGUUAGUGACAGCUUUCCAUAAUGCCCCUGGGCCCAUCUGUUGGCAGCUGCCUUCAUAUCCUCAUUUAGUGUUUUCAUUACAGACUCGUCAGGUUCUUAAGUUCCCUUUACAUACUUAAUUGCCAUUUUAGUUACCAGCUUAUCCAGUCACCUCUCAAUAACCAAAAAGAAGCUUUAUUUAAUUACAUUUCAGACUUCUAUCUCAUUUAUUACAUUAUAUAAGAGAGGGUCACAAUAAGUUUCAUUGUCCUUAACCUUUCAAUCAUGACACUAAAACUGAUGAUAUUGAAAGAAAACCUUUUUGAAUAUACUCCUUAGUGAAACUAUCUCUUCUAACCAAUGCCUAUACAAGCAAUGUUUAUGCUGAUUUUUUGGUUUUUGUUUGUUUUUCUGUUUGUUUGUUUUUUAUAUUUUUAUGUGUUUAAGAUAUUUUGGUAAAUUUUUAGUAAAAGACAACUUAUGAUGUUAUUUAAAUGUACACAUUGGUAAGAAUAAUGUAGAGGGGCAUGCAGGGUGUUUUUAGUGUUUUACCAAUUAUUUGUUUUUAAACUAUGGCUGGAGAAUGAAUUUAAUGUAGCUCUACACAAAGGGACUGUGUUUGGGAAACAGAAAGUUCACUCAAGUUCUGUAGGGGCUGCCUGGGCAAGGUGAAAUGACAGCAAGUAUGCAAAAGAAUUUCUGAAAGGCACAGUUCUAAAGCUUGGGGAAGUGGGCAGAACUGAAAUGAUCCUUCUUCUUAUCUGUCAGGUUGUCUUCCGCUUUAUCAGUUCUGUAGAAAGUCCUUACAAGAGAGUCGAAGUACGUUUAGAGAAAGAUUGAGUCUUCAGUCUAAAUGUAGAUUAUUGUACAUAACGGAAGACAAUAAUAAUAAGUAGCAAAAAAAAAAAAAAAAAAAAAAGAAAAAAA